ACUGAUAACGCAUUGUUUGUUGUAUAAAUAAUCAGUGAGUGAUGGAGCUUCACCAGCAAAAGCAGCAGCGACAAAUAGCAGGUCAACUGUACAAAUACACAAAUGUAAUGAAGGGCUGGCAGUACCGAUACUUCUUGGUGGACGCCAACGCGGGACUGCUGCACUAUUACUUGUGCAGCGACAACGAAAAGCCAGACGGGAAUGUGCCAAGAGGCUCGGUGCAUUUAGCAGGGGCUGUCAUUUGCCCCAGCGAAGAGGAUUCUAAAACUUUCACGGUGAAUUGCGCGUCCGGGGACAUGCUGAAACUCCGCGCGGCCGACGCCAGAGCCAGACAGGAGUGGGUUAAUGGUUUACGGGCUGUAGCCGAGUCGCACACUAAGACUAUAAGCGCUAACAGCCCCCCGCUGCCGCCCAGGGAGCACCUCGCCGUGAUGGACGCCUUGGGUUGCGCCCGAGCGCAGAUUCAACAGACAGAACAAAGCGAUUUGGCCGUAUGCCGGUUGAUUGAGUCUUCGGGGCCCAAAUAUCACUUGGAUCAGAAUUUGCUAAUGUUGAAAGCGACCUCGGCGGCGACUUUGCACUGCUUGACUCAGUGUUUGAGCAUUUUGCAGAGGAACCAGCACGCCCAACAGGCUAGAACAGGGUUUGUUAUAGACGACGAUUAA